AUGACUGAACUUGAUACUGCCAUCAACGGCUGGAGAUCUGCCCAGAUUCGUGGAGAUGGCAUCGAAAGACUCCUCUCCCUCAUUUCAAUCGAGAGAGCAGCAAAUUCUACAACCAAUGCCUGGAUCUCUUUAGCUUCUUCUGAACAAAUCAAAGCCCAGUGGACAAGCCUUCAGACCUUGUGCGCUGACUCCAUGUCCCUCCCCUUGUAUGGAGUCCCCUUUGCUGCAAAAGAUAACAUCAAUGCCGAAGGUUUCAUCACCACCGCCGCAUGCCCAACAUUCAGCUCUUCCCCAGCUACUUCAGACGCUACAGUGGUUGCGAAGCUCAAGGCCGCUGGAGCAAUCCUCAUCGGAAAGACGAAUCUCGACCAAUUCGCUACUGGCCUGGUUGGUACGAGAUCGCCAUACGGUGCUGUCCCGAACUCCUUCGAUCCCAGUCGUGUCAGCGGAGGUUCCAGCUCUGGAAGUGCUGUUGUUGUUGCUCGUUCAGGUCGAGUUCCAGCGGGCACUCAUGGCGUACUUCCGGCAUGCAAAUCUCUCGAUUGUGUGUCCAUAUUCACUCUUACGGUCGGCGAUGCAGAGACAGCCCUAUCUGUCGCCGAAGGAUAUGACAUCCAUGAUGCAUAUUCGAGAGAGCGGCCUGACCCCGAUAUUGCUCCCUAUAACGAGUUCGGAGGGUCAGCAAACUGGUUUGGUCGAGACGGCCAUUCUCCAGCAUAUGACAAGGCUCUUGCCAAAGCAAAAGCCUUGGGAUGGAGUCUCGUUCCACUCUUGUAUAACGGUCCUUGGGUUGCCGAGCGGUACGAAGCCAUCCGGGGCUUUAUCGAGAAUGCCGCUGCCAAAGAAAUGGAUCCUGUCGUGCGAAAGAUUAUCAUCAGAGCCCAAUCCCUCUCAGCAGCGGACGUUUUUGAGGGUGAGUACCUUCGACAGGAACUUACACGUCAAAUUGAGCGGGAAUUCGCUCGGUUUGAUGGUCUCUUGCUUGUCAAGAACCCGGUCGAGGAGAACUCGAUUCUGGGCACUUAUACCAAUUUCGUGAACUUUCUGGACUGGUCGGCGCUCUCUAUCCCUGCAGGCUUUAGACCAGAUGGGCUUCCAUUUGAGCCGUUUCUCCUGUCUUGGGCUCGCGAGUGGUUUGGUGACGAAGAAAGGUUGUUGGGUGCGACUGGUGUAAGAGCUCGCGAGUCUCGCAUUGCAGCAUCGUCGGCCCCGUCUAAUUACAUCCCCAUUGCUGUGGAUACAUCAUCGUCUUAUCGGCUAUACUCGCUUAACAUAGCAGCCGGCCCCAAGAAGCCAGGUCUGAAGCGAGUCGAAGUCUGGAACCUGCCCAAGACCUCCCUCGCGAGCUUCAUGCUCACAAUAACUCCUCCGCUAGCAAUCGGCUCGAUCGAACUCAAAGAUGGGUCUUGGGUAAAGGGGUUCGUGUGCGAGCCUUGUGGAUUCGAUGAAGCUGUUGACAUCACCAGCCACGGCGGCUGGCGAGUUUAUCACGCUUUUCUCGAGAAGGGGUCCAAGUUUUUGACAAACGGGGUUCCCAAUCGUGGCGAAAUCGCGGUUCGUAUAAUCGAGACGAUACACAAAAUGGGUCUUCGAGCUGUUGCCAUCUACUCUGAGAUAGACGCAGAUGCCGCACACGUUAGCAAAGCUGAUCUUGCCCUCAAGCUUGAAGGUUCUUCAGUAUCUGAGACUUAUCUGGAUAUGGAGCAGAUACUGAAGUUGGCUGUUCAAUCUUCAGCUGAUGCCAUCAUCCCUGGCUACGGCUUCCUCUCUGAGAAUGCUGAGUUUGCUACUGCUGUUGAAGAAAGAGACAUGAUAUGGAUUGGACCAACACCACAGCAAAUGGCUGAUCUCGGGUUGAAACAUCGUGCCCGUGCUAUUGCAGUCGAAGCGGGUGUUCCCACUGUUCCUGGGUGCGACACCCUCCUUACAUCACUGGAAGAAGCUCUCAAAGAAGGCGAGCGAAUUGGGUUCCCCUUGAUGCUGAAGAGUACUGCUGGUGGCGGCGGCAUUGGUCUAAGCUACUGCAAAGACAGGCAGAGCCUGGCCACAACGUUCGAGGGCGUUCAACGGCAAGCGGAAGCUAAUUUCGGCAACGGAGGCGUUUUCAUCGAACGGUUCAUCCAACGGGCUCGCCACGUUGAAGUCCAAGUCCUCGGAGACGGUACAGGUCGUGUAAUUGCUGCUGGCGAACGGGAUUGCUCUCUACAACGGCGCCAUCAGAAGGUUGUUGAAGAAAGCCCCGCGAUAUUGGUCCCUGAGUCAAUUCGGGCGGAAAUGCGAGCGGCUGCAAUUCGCCUCGCUUCGUCGGUCAAGUAUCGCAAUGUCGGCACAGUCGAGUUCAUCUAUGAUAUCGAUUCGAGGGAGUUCUACUUCCUGGAAGUGAAUACUCGAUUGCAAGUUGAGCAUCCUGUGACUGAGUCAGUAACUGGCCUGGAUCUUGUGGAGUGUAUGAUCAAUGUUGCCGAUGGAAACGCAACUCACCUUUUCGAUACGGAGCUCAAAGUGUCUGGUGCUUCGAUUGAGGUCCGCGUAUACGCUGAGAGCCCCCUUCAGUCUUUCCGCCCCUGCGCUGGUCGUAUCACUGCUCUUGAGUUCCCCCCCUCCCUUCGAGUAGAUACCUGGAUUCAACUCGGCACUGAGAUCACGACGGCUUUCGAUCCCCUCGUGGCCAAGCUCAUCGCCUUGGGGUCCGAUCGUGAAGAGGCUAUCGAGAACUUAGCCAAAGGCCUUGCAGCCACUCGUAUCGAAGGCGUACAAACCAAUCUCGAAUAUCUUCGCCAGAUUAUAGCGUCUCCCAUGUUCAAGUCCGGCGACUACACGACGAAAUCUUUGGACUCCUUCCAGUUCCACUCCUCCUCUUUUGAAGUCCUUCAGCCUGGGGCUUUGACCACGGUUCAAGAAUACCCCGGCCGUACUGGAUAUUGGAACAUCGGUAUCCCUCCUGGGGGCCCGAUGGAUUCUUACUCCUUUCGACUGGCGAAUCGUCUCGUGGGCAACCCUUCAGACGCCGCUGGGUUGGAAUGUACUCUGGGAGGCCCAUCUUUGAAGUUCCAUUGUGAUGCUGUGAUUGCCGCCGUUGGUGGUGUUGCGCAAGUUACAAUCGACGAUGUGACUGUUUCAAUGAACCAAGCCAUUGGUGUCGAAGCAGGUCAGAUACUAAGCAUUGGGGUCAUUGAGCAUGGCCAUCGUGUAUAUCUUGCUAUUCGAGGAGGAAUAGAAGUCCCAGUCGUGAUGGGCAGUCGAGCGACUUUCGAACUUGGAAAGCUGGGAGGCUUUGGCGGUCGUAAGCUCCAGGCGCGUGAUAUCCUAGCCGCCGGUCCUGCAGAUGCUUCCGUCAGUGAGGCACAAGCUAUAUCGCCAGUGCCUGUGCCAACUCACCCCAAGGCCUCAUGGACCAUCAGAGUCAUACCCGGCCCUCACGGAGCUCCAGACUACUUCACCCCUCAAAGCGUCAGGGCGUUGUACCUCAGCAACUGGAAGGUUCAUCACAACAGUAACCGCCUUGGUGUUCGUCUCACUGGCCCCCAACCAGAAUGGUCUCGCAAAAGCGGCGGUGAAGCCGGCUUACAUCCUUCCAAUAUCCAUGACGCUCCGUACUCAAUAGGUAGCGUUAGCUUCACUGGAGAUGAAGCUGUCGUUCUUGGGUGCGAUGGCCCGAGUCUCGGUGGAUUCGUGAUGGGACAGGUUCGGCCUGGGGAUACGAUUCGUUUCGAUCCCGUUGAUGUUGCGACUGCGAUUGGGUUAGAAAGGGAUCUUGAUAAAGCCAUUGAGACUCUCUCACCUCUUGAAGCUUUAGAGGGAAUUCCGUCUGAUGAAGCAGCUCUGGUACAGAAGUUGGGAAGAAUUCCCGCCGCCAUCGGUACCAUCAAACAUGACGGCCAAAGGGUCACUGUCCUCCAAGCAGGUGACCGGGCAUUUCUGUUGGAGUUCGGUGAUGCUUCCGCUUUCAAUCUUCGUCACAACUUCGAGAUAUCAGCAUUCUGCGAGAACCAUGAGAAGAAACCCAUUCCUGGCGUUGAGGAACUCACCCCAGGCGUCUUCAGCCUCCACGUCACCUACACUCGCGGCCUGUCCCCAGAAUUGAUGCUAUCACGCUUAGCAGAUCAUAUCCGCUCGUACAAAGUCCCCUCGCAAGUCCCCUCAAGAAGCGUUCGUCUUCCCAUCGCGUUCGACGAUAGUAUCAGCCGCGCCGCCAUCGAGCGAUACACAGCAACAAUUCGUCCAAAUGCACCCUGGCUUCCCAGCAACAUCGACUUCCUCCAAAAGCUCAACGGUAUCCCUGAUCUUACCGAGGUUUUGAGUGCCGCAGAAUUCGUGGUCCUUGGACUAGGGGAUGUGUUCAUGGGCUCCCCAUGUGCAAUCCCCUUGGAUCCACGUCAUCGCCUGUUCGGAACAAAGUACAAUCCUUCGCGCUCUUUCACGCCUCGCGGCGCUGUUGGUAUCGGGGGCCAGUAUAUGUGUAUCUACGCGACGGAUUCGCCUGGCGGGUAUCAGCUUGUCGGACGAACAGUUGAGAUCUGGGAUGCUGACCUCGUUGACACUGAGGCUUGGUUCUUUCGGCGGUUUGACAGGAUUUCGUUUUAUCCCGUCACUGAAGCGGCGCUGGACGGAACAGCGAGGUCUGAGCUUGUUCAGAUCAGUGAUGGUGUUCUUGAUCUUGAACAGUACGAGACGUGGCUUACGACGAACAAAGAAGACAUCACCGCUGCCGCAGAUCAGCAAGCAAGGGCCAUUUCCAACGCGCCCUUUGUCGAUGAAUUGGUUCUUCCGUAUCAAGUCGAGCCUGUUGUCAAUGGACACAGCCCGAGUCUGGAUAGUUCGGGUCUUCGUGGUGAACGAGUGAAGGCGACGAUGCCGGGUCGAUGUUACAAGGUCAUGGUGAAAGAAGGGAGCGUUGUAGAAAAGGGAGAUGUUCUGGUUUGUAUUGAGUCGAGUAAGAUGGAAGUUGAGAUUCGCAGUCCUGUCGGCGGAAAAUGCGUGGCUGUUUUGGUGCAGGCGGGGGAUUUGAUUGACGUGGAGGAUGAGCUGGUAGUCGUUGAAUGA